UGCUGGGACUGCGCGUUUCCAAAGAAAAAAAGCUCAGCUUCCUCUCAGUUCUCCGUCCGUCUUUUUGCCGCUCUCAUUGUCUUUUGUCGACAGUGAUAAAGAGAGCCAGUUGAAACCACGGGCCUGUUUUUGUUUUCUAAUUUGGACUAAGGAGAGGAAAAAAAGAAAUAAGAAGAAGGCAUCAUGGCUGUUUUCUGACUUUGAGAGUAGAGAGAAGAGACUCCUCUGGAAUUUCCUCUGAAGCRUUUAUCCGGACAGCUCCGUUAACCCGGGCUUCGUUCUUCUACCUGCGUGUCAAAAUGUUGCCAACAUUUCCGCACUAGGGGAAAUCUGAGGAGCUCUCUUCUGUUUUCACUCUGGUCCGAAGCAGCAGUCGGCAUUGUUUGUUUCGAUAUCUGGGUCGGGGGCAAAUUGGGCAGUAAUUGUCAGGUGUGUCGGCGAGGUGAAACUGCAGCAGUUGGCAGCAUGGUGGCGCCUGCAUGAACCCAAGUGUGGAGCCUCAUUUCUCGUUCUCUUUCCUGAGAUGUCAACCACAGGAUGAGGCCUGCGGCAGGUCUCAGGAGGGAGAAUGUUCCUUGACUUUCACACCUUCGACCUCAAGCUCUUGAAUCGUUGGAAAGUUUGCUUGAGUGCUGAAAGGCUGUGAAUACCCUGCAUCUGAGAAAUCAGACCAGACUGACUCACAGGGCUCUGUGAGCCAGUGCCACCGAGGCUGCCAAAGCAUGCUGGUGCCAAGCUGUCCCACCAUGCACAGAGCCAGACCCACGCUGCUGCUGCUGCUGCCACUGCUGCUGCUCGUCCAGGGUCUGCUCCUCCACCUCGCCGACGCUCAAACACCACCAAAGUUUUUAAGAACCCCCACUGACCAAACAGGCGUGCAAGGAGGCGUGGCAUCCUUUAUCUGCCAAGCCACGGGAGAUCCACGGCCGAAGAUUGUGUGGAACAAGAAGGGGAAGAAAGUCAGCAACCAGAGAUUUGAGGUAGUGAUUGAGUUCGACGACGGGUCUGGUUCAGUGCUACGAAUUCAGCCGUUACGCACGCCCCGAGACGAAGCCAUAUAUGAAUGCGUCGCCUCCAACGGUGUUGGAGAGACGAGCGCUACCACCAGACUGACUGUUUUACGUGAGGACCAGCUGCCCCCUGGUUUCCCCACUAUAGACAUGGGCCCACAGUUGAAAGUGGUGGAGCGAACACGCACCUCCACCAUGCUCUGCGCCGCCAGCGGCAACCCUGACCCAGACAUUGCCUGGUUCAAAGACUUCCUCCCCGUCAACACCACCAACAACAACGGACGCAUUAAACAGCUCAGAUCAGAAUCCUUUGGUGGUACACCAAUAAGAGGAGCCCUCCAAAUUGAGCAAAGUGAAGAGUCUGAUCAGGGGAAGUAUGAAUGUGUGGCGACCAACAGCGAUGGAACCCGCUAUUCUGCCCCAGCAAAUCUAUAUGUCAGAGAGCUACGAGAAGUGCGUCGGGUUCCACCACGAUUCUCCAUUCCACCUACAGACAAUGAGAUAAUGCCAGGAGGCAGUGUAAAUAUUACAUGUGUGGCAGUAGGCUCUCCCAUGCCUUAUGUCAAAUGGAUGCUGGGUGCUGAGGACCUGACUCCGGAGGACGACAUGCCCAUCGGACGAAACGUCUUGGAGCUGACAGAUGUCCGGCAGUCAGCCAAUUACACAUGUGUGGCCAUGUCAACCCUUGGCGUGAUCGAGGCUGUAGCCCAGAUAACAGUCAAAGCACUACCCAAGGCUCCUGGCAUCCCCAUAGUGACCGAGCGUACAGCCACUAGCAUUACUUUGACUUGGGACUCGGGCAAUCCUGAACCAGUGUCCUACUACAUCAUCCAGCACAAGUCCAAGUACUCCGAGGACUUGUACAAGGAGAUCGAUGGCGUGGCCACCACUCGGUACAGCGUGGGCGGUCUCAGCCCUUACUCUGACUACGAGUUCCGGGUAGUGGCAGUAAACAACAUUGGCCGGGGGCCGCCCAGCGAGAGCAUCGAGGCCAAAACAGCAGAGCAGGCUCCCAGCACGGCGCCGAGGCAGGUCCGAGGUCACAUGAUGAGCGCCACCACAGCUGUCAUUCAGUGGGAUGAACCAGAGGAGCCUAACGGGCAGAUCAUGGGCUACAGAGUGUACUACACCAUGGAUCCCACCCAGCAUGUCAACCUCUGGGAGAAGCAGAUGGUUCAGGGCUCGAAUUUUGCCACCAUCCAGGGACUCAUUCCAAAUAAGACCUACUACAUUAAAGUGUUGGCCUUCACCUCUGUAGGAGACGGACCUCUUUCUGCAGACCUGCAAAUCAUUGCUAAGACUGGAGUUCCUUCCCAACCGACGGACUUUAAAGGAGAAGCCAAAUCUGAAACGAGUAUUUUACUCUCAUGGAACGCUCCGGCGCAGACUGGACUGGAAAAUCAAGUCACAGGAUAUGAACUCUUGUACAAAAAGAGAGAUGAAAAAGACGAGAAACGAGUCAGCUUUGAACCCACAAUGACUUACCUGCUGAAGGACUUGAAGCCCUUCACGUUUUACACGUUUCGUCUGGCAGCACGUAGUAAGCACGGAGUUGGAGCUUACACCAGCGAGAUCUCAGCGGAAACUCCGCAGACRCAACCUGCAGGCGCACCUCAGGAAGUAAAGUGCUUUAGCCCCAGCUCCACCAACAUCCGGGUAAGUUGGCGGCCGCCCCCUGUGGAGUUACAAAAUGGGAUCAUAACACAAUACAGCAUCCAAUACGCGGCCACCGAAGGGGAGGACACAGCUGCUCGUCAAGUCUCCGACAUCCCUCCAGAAAACUCAGAGUACCUUUUGGAAAACUUGGACAAAUGGACAGAGUACCGUGUGACGGUCAGUGCUCAYACAGAUGUUGGAGCAGGACCGGAGAGCCUGCCGCAGCUUGUCCGCACUGAGGAGGAUGUUCCUAGUGGGCCACCUCGUAAAGUUGAGGUGGAGGCUGUCAACUCUUCAUCAAUUAAAGUGAUCUGGCGCUCGCCGGUGCCCACCAAGCAGCACGGUCAGAUCCGAGGAUACCAGGUGCACUAUGUCAAGAUGGUUAAUGGGGAGUCCACGGGACAGCCAGUCAUCAAGGACAUCCUGAUUGAUGAUGCCCAGUGGGAGUAUGAUGAUUCAACUGAUCAUGAAAUGUUCAUCACAGAGCUGCAGGCUGAGACCACAUAUUCAGUUACUGUGGCAGCCUACACAACAAAAGGUGACGGCGCACGCAGCAAGCCCAAACUAAUCACCACCACUGGCGCAGUUCCAGAAAAGCCCCGUCUUAUGGUCAGCACAACCAACAUGGGCACAGCUUUACUCCAGUGGCAUCCCCCAGCAGUGACCCACGGACCCCUGCAAGGUUAUCGCCUUCGCUUUGGUCGCAAAGAUGUGGAYCCACUGACAGUUAUUGAGUUCCCAGAGCGGGAGAACCACUACACAACCAAAGAGAUCCAUAAAGGAGCUUCAUACACUUUCCGUCUUUCAGCACGCAACAAGGUGGGCUUUGGUGAAGAGACAGUCAAAGAAGUCACCACAAAUGAGGAUGUUCCAAGCGGCUUCCCUCAGAACAUUAAAGCAGAGGGCGCCACCACCUCCACGGUUCAGGUUAGCUGGCAGCCUGUGUUGUUGGCAGAGCGAAACGGGCGAAUAAUAAAAUAUGCCCUGCAAUAUAAAGACAUCAACAGCCCACGCAGUCCCUCUGAACUCUUCAUCACUGCUCCGGAAUCAACCGUCCUCCUGGAUGGCCUUAGGGCAGACACAACUUACGAUAUAAAAAUGUGUGCCUUCACCAGCAAGGGAUCUGGUCCCUAUAGCCCAAGUGUCCAAUUCAGAACACAACCUGUGGAUCAAGCAGUGUUUGCAAAAAAUUUUCACGUGAAAGCUGCUAUGAAGACAUCUGUGCUACUGAUGUGGGAAAUCCCAGAAUCUUACAACCCAGCUCAACCUUUCACUAUUCUCUAUGACAACGGGCAGAGUGUGGAGGUGGACGGGAAGUUAACACAGAAGCUAAUCACCGGUCUUCAACCAGAGACGCAGUACUCCUUCCUCUUGACCAACCGUGGCAACAGUGCUGGAGGUCUACAGCAUCGAGUGUCCACCAUGACGGCUCCAGACGUGCUUCGCACAAAACCCUACAUGCUUAGCAAAACCAACUCAGACGGAAUGGUGACUGUUGAGCUACCAUCAGUGCAGACGUCUGAAAGAGUGCGGGGGUAUUAUGUCGUGGUUGUACCUUUGAAGAAGCAACGCACUGGAAAGUUUUUCAAACCAUGGGAUAAUCCUGAUGAGAUGAAUUUGGAGGAGCUGCUGAAGGAGAUAAACCGAACGAGCAGAGGCCUUCGCUUCCAGAGGCACACAGAACCCAAAGCCUAUAUCGCAGCGUACUUCAARGACCUGCCCAAAGAGUUCACCCUGGGAGAUGGCAAGAUCUAUGGAGACUUUGAAAACAAGCAACUCCAGAAYGGCCAGGAGUACAUCUUCUUUGUGCUCGCUGUACUGGAGAUGUCUGAAAACAUCAUGUAUGCCACCAGCCCGUACUCCGACCCUGUUGUCUCAGCCGACAUUGAUCCCCAGCCAAUCAUCGAUGAGGAGGAAGGCCUCAUCUGGGUGGUGGGCCCAGUGCUAGCUGUCGUCUUCAUUAUCUGCAUCGUCAUCGCCAUCCUCCUUUAUAAGAGCAAACCAGACAGAAAAAGAGCAGAAACAGAAGCCAGAAAAGGUAGUCUCCCCAACAGCAAGGAAAUGCCUCUUCAUCAUCCCACUGAUCCCGUCGAGCUCCGACGUCUCAACUUCCAAACGCCCGGCAUGGCCAGUCAUCCCCCGAUCCCCGUCAUGGAGUUGGCAGAUCACGUAGAGCGACUGAAAGCCAACGACAACCUCAAGUUUUCACAAGAAUAUGAGUCCAUAGACCCUGGUCAGCAGUUCACAUGGGAGCACUCCAACCUGGAGGUCAACAAACCAAAGAACAGAUACGCCAAUGUAAUUGCCUACGAUCACUCCAGAGUCUUACUCUCUGCUAUUGACGGUGUUCCUGGAAGUGACUACAUCAACGCCAACUACAUAGAUGGUUACAGGAAGCAAAAUGCUUACAUUGCCACUCAAGGAUCUCUGCCAGAAACAUUUGGUGAAUUCUGGAGAAUGAUCUGGGAGCAGAGGAGCGCCAUUAUCGUCAUGAUGACCAAACUGGAGGAAAGAUCCAGGGUAAAAUGUGAUCAAUACUGGCCCACGAGAGGGACAGAGACGUACGGUCUCAUCCAAGUAACGUUGUUAGACACAGUAGAGUUGGCCACAUACUGUGUCAGGACAUUUGCACUUUUCAAAAACGGCUCCAGCGAAAAGAGAGAAGUAAGGCAGUUCCAGUUCACCGCCUGGCCGGACCACGGGGUACCAGAACACCCAACUCCGUUUCUUGCCUUCCUGAGACGAGUGAAAGCUUGCAAUCCUCCAGAUGCGGGGCCCAUGGUGGUGCACUGCAGUGCUGGGGUUGGACGCACAGGUUGCUUUAUUGUGAUUGAUGCAAUGCUGGAGCGUAUCAAGCAUGAGAAGACCGUGGAUAUCUACGGACAUGUAACAUUAAUGCGUGCUCAACGCAACUACAUGGUGCAGACAGAAGAUCAGUACGUCUUUAUACACGAUGCACUCCAGGAGGCCGUCAAUUGCGGCACCACCGAAGUGCCCGCCAGAAACCUCUACGCCUACAUCCAGAAACUGACUCAGAUAGAGGGUGGAGAGAAUGUCACGGGAAUGGAACUUGAGUUCAAGCGUUUAGCUAACACUAAAGCUCAUACGUCACGAUUCAUCAGUGCCAAUCUCCCCUGCAACAAGUUUAAGAACCGCCUUGUUAACAUAAUGCCAUAUGAGUCCACACGAGUGUGUCUUCAGCCCAUCCGAGGAGUCGAAGGCUCCGACUACAUCAACGCCAGUUUCAUUGAUGGGUACAGGCAACAGAAGGCUUACAUUGCAACACAGGGACCAUUGGCAGAGACCACAGAGGACUUCUGGAGAAUGCUCUGGGAGCACAACUCCACUAUUGUAGUCAUGCUCACCAAGCUUAGAGAAAUGGGCAGGGAAAAAUGCCACCAGUACUGGCCAGCAGAGAGAUCGGCCAGAUACCAGUACUUUGUGGUGGACCCCAUGGCUGAAUAUAACAUGCCCCAGUAUAUCCUGAGGGAGUUCAAAGUGACUGACGCCAGGGAUGGACAGUCACGGACAGUAAGGCAGUUUCAGUUCACGGACUGGCCUGAACAAGGAGUGCCAAAAUCAGGGGAGGGUUUCAUCGAUUUCAUUGGCCAAGUACAUAAAACAAAAGAGCAGUUUGGCCAAGACGGUCCGAUCACGGUCCACUGUAGCGCGGGUGUCGGUAGAACUGGAGUUUUCAUCACCCUAAGCAUUGUCUUGGAACGAAUGAGAUACGAGGGCGUAGUAGACAUCUUUCAGACAGUGAAGAUGCUACGGACACAAAGACCGGCUAUGGUACAGACAGAGGAUCAAUACCAAUUCUGCUACAGAGCUGGCUUGGAAUAUUUGGGAAGCUUUGAUCACUAUGCAACGUAAAACACCCAGUAUUAGAAAAUAAGAGCAGAGGGCCCUUUGGGAAAAAAAACAAACACAUCCUAGUGAGCCUCUCUUCUGAGCCAUAAAUUCCUGCUUGAGAAAGUACUCAACUCCUUGCUAACAAUCCGUUAAGUGUUGGAUGUGUGACAUGAUUUGACAAAAACAAAACACAAAAAAGAAAAAAAGAUCAUUUCUGGAGGACCAAGUAUGUCCCAACCCCACUUAAAAUAAAAACUUGCUUUGGUACAAAGCAAGAGAAUCCGAACUGUUGAAGCAUCAUGUGGAAUUACCUUUUCUUUAUGCUUCAAGGAUUUGUUUUUUGGGGGGCUCAUAAAAACUAAAUGAAACCAACGCAAGAAAAGAGUAAACGAACAAUAACAGCAUCGUCAGAAAUGCAUCAAUGAUUAUGACCCAUAACGAGAGACGAUGGAGGCACACAGAACUGCAGAGAGAAACAACUAAAUGCACAUUGUAAAAAAACAAAACAAACAAAAAAAUAACCUGUUUCACAAUCAAGUCCACAGACAAACCAUUGCAGAAGAUGACAAUGCUUGGUCCACAACAGCAAGCCAGACAGACUAAGUGAUGAAUUAUUACCCAUUUUUCCUGUCACAAUGUUAACCAUUUCAGUUUGGGGCUGAGAGUAACAUCAAAAUGAAACAAAUAAAAACUAUUGUUUUAGUUUUUUAGUAUUUUAUUAUACAACUGAUGUGCUUUUUUUGAACUGUGUGAUUUUUUUUCUACACAAAUUUAUCACUUGGAGAAAAAAAAGGUGGUAAAACAUGUAAUUUUUUUAAGCUGUAGAACUGUUCUAAUGUAUGUGCCGUUUUGCAGAGAAUUAUUCUUUAUUACUUUCGUUCGUUUUGUCACACUUGGUGCAAAAACGUCACACUACCAAAUUGUAACUUUGUUUUAAAGUUGUUUUUUUGGUGUGUAUGUGUGUGUUCCUUUAACAUUUGUUUUUUUUUUUUCCUGUCCACUAUCAUUAACAUAGUACCUUAAUUACUUCCAUUAUAUAAACCGGGGAUUUGCAGAAUCAACAGGAAUGAGCAAAGUAUGAAGUUGCUGCUACAGUUUAUCUUAGUUCUUCCAUUUUACAAUAAGAGAGAAUCUGAUGAAUUGGACAAUAAUAUAUAAGUAUAAGGUACAGAAUGUCAAAUAGAUGUAUAUUAAAGUAUAGCUAUAACAUUCUAAAUAUAUAAGUGCAUAAAGGUUAUAUUAAUGAGGGAUUUGUCUAUGAAAGCGUUCAGAUUAAGAGUUGUGUGCUAUGGAGGAAAUUAAGAUAUUUUUCACUGGAAUGCACAUCAGUAUGACAAAACUGUAUUCUGAUUCAGUGCAAUCUUUUCUUGUGCAAUAAAUGUGUUUUAGAUAGGGUUUAA